AAAGCGACCGCACCAUAAAAGAAAAUUAUACAGCAAGCGUAGAGGAGUGAUACUCUAAUUUAAUUGGCAACUUAUUGGACCGCUUAUGAUUGAUGUACGGGAAGGAAAAUGACAUAAACAAGGCGGUUCAAAAGGCGAAUAAUAAAAAUUACAAUUUAAGACUUAUCGACACGAUCUACAGUCAAUUUCCAGCCUUCACCGAUGUGUUUGACGAAGAAACCUGGUAUGUUUUUGUCAUUUGCUUUGUGGCGGGUACUUUUCUGGUGGCGUUUAUUCUUUCGAAGUACAUAACUAUAAAACCUCGUGAGUAGGCCUGUUGAGUAAGAUUGUGCAUAGCGAAUUCAGUUCGCAAAAUGUCUCGUAUAUUUGCUUGUCAAACUGCAUUUCUACACACUUAAUGUCAUUAAUUUUUUUUACGCGCAUCGCAACCAUGUAAACUUUACGAUAUAAAAUCUCACGCAAUCAGAGGAAUAAAAUUCUGCGUUAAUUACUAUUGUAAGAAGAGAUAUACGUCUUCAUAAAUGUAAUGUGUCACAAAUCGUUUAUGCUGAUAAUAAAAUGUUAUUAAAAAAACAAAAAAUACGCAGUCUGGUCCUCCAAGUUAGGGGUUGGGCGCUAGGUUAACAAUCUGUUAAACCCGUUGAAAAUUAUUGUUAAGAAACUAAAACAGCUUCGAAUUAGUCACAGCGACCGGUCAUGAUUCUUGAGGUGCUAAACUUCGGGCUAUAGCUUGACUCGAGCUGUAGUGCCAUCGAAGAAGAAAAAGAUUCAAUCUUAUAUGAAACAUGUUAG